AUGGAGCCGGACGCGUGCGCAGGAGCCGAAUACGGCAUCCGUGCCAUCCACCACAGAGCGCAUCGCCGCCCUGAAAGCAGAGAACGCCGCCGACAGCAAUGUUUCUACUCCCCCUCGAUCGGUGACGACGGCGAUAACACUUAUGCAUAUGCACAAUUCAAGCCGUCUUUUCCUGAUAUCUCCUGGCCUCCCCUCACAGAAGUCGCCGUCAGCGAUCGCGGGCUGCUAGCUGAUCCAGCAAAGAAAAGCCUGUUGAGUGCCGCGAGCAAAGUCCGGCAUCUCACGCCCGCCAUUGGAACAGAGCUUCUUGGGAUUGACCUCAGACAGCUUACGGAUGCGCAGAAAGACGAGCUAGCGUUGCUGGUAGCCGAACGCGGUGUUGUUUUUUUCCGCGAUCAAGAAAUUGAUGUUUAUGGUCAACUGGAUAUCGCACGCCAUUUUGGCCCAUUGCACAAGCACGCCACGACACCAAUUCCGCGAAAUGGCCUCGAAGAAGUUCACGUCGUAUAUAACGACUCUUCACGUCGACCUGACCCAGCAUCGUUCUCGAAGCUCGAGCUUUGGCAUACUGAUGUGUCCUACGAAAUUCAGCCUCCUAGCACGACUUCUCUCAAAGUCAUCACCGGACCAGAGUACGGCGGGGACACACUCUGGAGCUCUGGUUACGCGCUCUAUUCUUCCUUCAGCCCCGGAUUCCAAACGUACCUCGAGGGACUGACCGCCUUGCACAGCGCCGUUGCCCAGGCCGACGGGUCACGUGCUGCCGGCCUCCCCGUCCGGCGCGAGCCUAUCGAGACCAUCCACCCCGUCGUCCGUGUCCAUCCCGUGACCGGCUGGAAGAGCAUCUACGUCAACCCUGGCUUCACCCGCCGCAUCAUCGGCCUCCCCAAGGCCGAAUCGGACGCCAUCCUCCAGCUGCUCUUCCACCAGAUCGCCCAGAACCCCGACUUCCAGGUCCGCUUCAAGUGGGAGCACAACGACAUCGCGUUCUGGGAUAAUCGCGUCGUCACCCACUCCGCGACAUUCGACUUUUUCCCCGAAACGCGCCACGCCUUGCGUGCGACACCGCAUGGCGAGAAACCGCUUUCCGUCGCCGCGUAUGAGAAGCAGACGGGCAAGGUUGCGAAGGACCGGCAGAUCGAGAUCUGGCGCCAGAAGGGGAUUGAGCUGCCUGGGGGUGGCGAUGAGAAGCCUAAAGUCGCGAGCGUCCUCUUACGCCGGAAACCGCGCGCUAACAACGACGUCAACGCCCAGAAGGCGAAAACUCGGCGCGCAGACCAACUACCCACCAAACGGCCGUCUUGCCGCCGAUUCCUGCCGCCCUCACUGCCCAAUUCACACCUGAACGACUUCAUUAACGAGAAAUGGGGCGGGAGAGCACCGGACGCCUACCCCAGCAACGAGCGCUUGCCCGCUCUCGGCUCUUUUCACGCCAGCAGCAGCAUCGAUGCAAAGCUGCUCGUCUUCUAUUCGCGCGCCAGAAACCGCCCGCGAACGACGACUAGAAGGCGAAAAUUCGACGCGCAGACCUCGUCUUGCCAAGUACCCGCCAAACGGCGAGCUUGGCGCCGAUUCCUGCCGCCCUCGAGCGCUUGCCCGCUCCCGGCCCUUCGCUGCUCGUCUACUUCUCAGAAACCGCCCGCGGACGACCACGUCAACGAGCAAAGUCGAAAUAUGGGCGACUAA